AUGAACAAGCAGUUGCUGCAGACACUACCGCUAGCAAAGGGUAAAGACAUUCACAGCCGCGUGGCAAAGUUGGCUCUCUACAAGGAAUGCAUUGCGCUUGCAAAGAAUGUCGGCGACCCGCUCGUGCGUCAGCAUACUCUGGUGGAGGUGCGAGAAAAGUGGAUGCAAAACCGCGGUUGUGGUGGGCAUUCACUUCAGCUGCAGAUAGCAAGCGCACUUGACCGUAUUUCAUACGGCCGCAUGUGUGUAUCGAAACAACGACUCCGGCUCAUCCCAAACGCCAGCGAAAAGUACGACUGGGGGGUCUCUAACCCACUCGAAUACCACGAACAACGACUCACAAAAAGAUCGGAAAAAGAGUCCCCCGAUGCGUUUCCGCAUGGGGCUGGGAAGCGCGACUUUGUGCCAAUGACAAAUUGGGGGUACGGAAAUAUGGACCCGGAUGCGGUGAUGCGGCACAAGGAGUUAACGGACAGGCAGCACUUCAUUGGGCCGCACUGGCGAGGGAAACCUAAGCCGAUGGUUUUGGAAGACCUUAGCUUUGAGGAACAGUUGCAUGUGCACUUUCAGAGCAAACCAAAGAUGAAAAAGACCCCCAAAAAACAUUACUAG